AUGACGAUGGCCGGCCCCCCGAGCCUCUCGGAUCUCCCAAGCCAUAUCCUGGUCGACAUAUGCAGGCUGCUCCAGCGGCAUGUCCUCUGGAACCUCGUCGACUGCCAGAACCGUGCCAUCGCCGAUGCUGCCCGCUCGUGUCUUUGGAGCUCGGUACAUCUGCGGGAGCUCUCGUGCCGGAAGGGCCCUCGGUUCCCCCCGGUAUCGUGUGCGCAUUUCGUCACCAGUGCCGUGCUGACGGUCCACUGCGGACACUCCGAGCACCACUCGGACGUCGUUUCAAGCAUCGUCACGGAGCUGCCCAAUCUCAGCUAUCUCCGAUUUGUUGUCCAUUGCCCGCUCGGCACCAUGCGGCUUCCAAACAUCCCCGAGUUUGGCCAUAUCCGCCGGCUCGAGUUCGUCUACAAGGACCCCGAGGCUCUCCUGGACUCGGAUGGCGGCUGGCUCGAGUGCAUCUUCGAGGCUCCACCUUCGUCCUCGCUCUUGUCGUCGGCCGGCACUGGCACCGGCGCCGUCCCGUCCCCAGGCCAGGAUCUUGCACCGACUCUACCGCCAGGGGUCUAUCCUUCGUGGUCAGAUGCAUGUCCGCUCAUCCGUUCGCUGGUGACUUGCUUCGCCCUCUUCCACGUCGGGUCCGCUGGGACCUCACAAUCGUUCUUCUCGGGGCCACGGGCCGGCGUCCCGCUCUCGGCCGUCAACUCGGAGCUUCAUCUGGACUGCGACUGCUGCCGCUACCUGGUUGGUCUGAAAAUCCCGGCCGAUUUUGUCAUAUCGGACAAGGUCUUCACCCAGCUCACCGAUCGAAGCUCUCGCCUCAAGACGCUCUCCGUUCCGCACGCAAUCUGCACCGACCAGAGUCUCCAGCAUAUUGCCUCGUUCCACCGUCGUUUACAGGAUCUGACGAUCCUGUCUCGGUCGAGCUCGCGGAUCACUCCCCAUUGCUUGUCCGAGGCAGUCUCGCAGCUCCAUGCUCUCAAGUCGAUCAAACUGACUUCCUACUGCACCAACGACGAUGUUCUCGUGGCGAUAUCUCGGUCGUGUCCUGGUCUCCUCAACAUCGAACUCAAUGGCGGGAGAUCCAUGACCGACUCGGGAAUCGGUGCGCUGGUCAACGGCUGCAGCGGCCUCGUCGGUGUCUCGCUGAUCGGGUGCGGAUCGCUGACAGACGCCAGCUUGAUCAUGCUUGGCCACGGCUUGCCCCGGCUUAAGAAGCUCGAUCUGUCGUACUGUAGCCAGUUCACCGAUCUCGGCUUUGAGGCCCUUGUCGACACCGAGGGCAACCUCGAGCGCGAGUCGAUGCUCGAGUAUCUAGCACUCGACACCUCGGCGAUAUCCGAGUUGCUGCUGACCAAGAUCCUGACGCUUCACUGCCGGACGUUGUUGUACCUGUCGCUGUCGUACUGCACACGAGUCAGUGGACUUGAAUUCCUUCCGUUCUUGAAGUCGCAGAGUCAAGUCUAUCCGCUGCCUCUGCAAGUGCUGCGAACGAUCGGCUCGACCGUCAACAAUGCGCUCUUCCGGAUCUAUAUUCCGGCUCUGCAGAGCCUGAGGGUCUGUGACAUUGCAUACCACUGUAUCUCGGAGUACCAAGCCAAGAAAGUGCGCGAUGCCAUGAGGCACGGCAAAGACCUCAAGCUGUCGCUGGGGCUUCGUGCCGCCCGAUACUGCAGCUUUAGAGGCAUCUUUGUCGACUCGGAGGACGAGUCCAACGUCUUUAUCCGCAAGAUCUGUGCCUCGAUCCAGCUCUCGGAGUUUGAGUCAAGGUGGAUCGAACAGAGCGUCUCACCAAGCCUCAAGAAGCAGCUGCAGAUCGGCUACCUGCUAGACUCAGAAAUGAUGUCUAUCCUCCGCAUCCAGGACCGCGAGCAUGUCGCUGAUGCCGACAACCAGGGCAUGUUUGGCGAGCUUUCGUACUCGUUGGGUGGGCACGUGCGGUCCCUUUAUCGAAUCCGCAAGGAUGGCGUCCCGUCACUGGACACAAACAGCUCGACCUUCAAGAUGCUCGCGCGAUGGCAUCCACAGACCGGACGCUCGUAUUGGCAGUCCGCACCGGGAAUCGGAGGACUACGAGAGGGAGGCUGGUUCGAUGUGAAUGAAGACUUGAAGAAGGAGCUCAGCGUGCGCGGCCCCCUCCCACCCGAGCGGGUCGAGUGGGUCAAGCAGCAGUUUCCAGCCUUCAUGGAGCUGGUGUCGUUCGCAAGACGAGGCUAUGUUGAACAGAUGUGGGAAGUCGACUCGGUUGCGGGGGCAUCGCUCGAUCCCGGACAGAAGCGUGACGACUACGGCUCCCCUCUGCUUAACCGACUAUCGAUCCUGCGCAAGACGCCCUCGAUCCCCGAGUUCAGCCUUGAUGGCUCCAAGUCGUCGCCCUCACCCGAACCUGCUAAGCGGUCGUCCAUUUUCAGCCUCACAAAGUUCCGGCCCAAGAGCCACAUGUCGACGUCAUCAGUGAGCUCAAGCUCGAGCGCCCCGACUACCCCCACAAAUCCGAACGAGCGGUCGGUCUUUUGGAAAAUCGUCGAUGGCGAGAUCCGAGUGUGGUCAACCGAGCUGAAGGAAGAAGCCGAGACAGCCCGCGCGCACGAUGGCGUCCUGGACAUUGGGCUGAAGCGCGAGACCGUCCCGCGACUUGUUGAAGAUCCAUGUUUCACCUUUUUCGACUGGCAGAGCAUCGUUCGGCGCUUUGUUCCGAUUCCGAAAAACGUAGACUAUUAG